AUGUCGUGGUUUACAUCGCUUCUGCUUCUACUACUAUUGGCGAAUGUGUUCGCUGACUCGCUGGUGGCUCACCCAGGAAUCCAGUUCCUGGAACUUGGCGGCCAAAUUGGCGUGUUGGGCCUGUUUUCGGGCCUCUCCUUUUACGACUACACGAAUGCUUCAGCAUUUCUCUCCUCCAGUGAUGAUUCGCAAUCGUUGUACUUGAGAAAUACUUCCUCCAACGAGAAUGUGAAGAUCGCUACUGUGUCUGGUGGCUCUGUUACACAGCUACAGCAGCUCACAGAUGACUUGGUGUUGAUUGUGGGCGACUUCUCUUCGUUCAAUGACGUUUCAUACCAGCCUCCUAUCAUAUACAAUGUCUCCUCUGGCGAUGUGGAGACCAUCUUCUCAUUGACUCUGAAAAGAGCCGACGAGGUGUCAGGAAAUGUGAUAACAACCUUUGUAGACGGUGAUGUUGUCUACUUGGGUGGUGAUUUUGAAUACAACGGCACCUAUGGUGCUGCAGUGUACAACUUUACCUCCAAGUCGAUCUCGUCGCUUCCAUUCGAGGGUUUUGGCCAGAAUUCUACCGUUAAUUCCAUCACAAAGUACGACAACGGUGAAGAGGGUUCCAUCAUUUUUGGAGGCUCCUUCGACACCUUGGGUUUGCCGGAACUUUUGACCCACAACAUUACCUUAAACCUGACGUCGCUCAAUUCGACAAACUCGACAAAUUCCUCACUCAUAUCUGCUGAACAGGUGGUUUCACUUAAGCACGCUACUAUCUCAAACGUUAAUGGAGGCUCGGGUUCAGAUUCGUCGCUCAUUUGUCCUUCCAAUGAUGUCACUUGGUCAGUUCAAGACGGGGAGGGUGGUCAAUGGCUUGCUGAACUUCCGCUCGGUAUGCGGGGCAUCUCGCCCACGAAGAUUAGACUCUAUGUUCCUAAUGACAGCUCGGAUGGUAUUCGUCUCUUCCGCUUAUAUACAUACCCCAACAAUGGUAUCAUGAACUUGACCUACGUUGACCCAUCCACCAAUGAGCUCGCCUACUGUGAUGCAUGGUGUCCCUUGCUUCUUGGAUCAGACUUGCAGGAACACACCGAUGACAAUAUCGACGAUGCAGAUUUCAUCAUGGAGGACGAUAACAUGUUCGUUAAUGAUGAUGGCUCUUUCACAAUGUACUAUGAUUCGUCUACCAAAUCCAAGAACUUGGGGUACGGCCGUAACUACCAGGAGUUUGCUCUCAUUAACGAUGUGGCCAUCGACAAGUUGGGUCUUACUGUGACUGCUUGGUACGGGUCCAAGGCAGAGCUUUCAGGUGUUGAAUUGUAUCUGAACUCCAUCCGUGUGUACGGUAACGAAACCUUGAACGACUCCAACUGCGGUGGAGAAUCAGAGAUUAACUCGGCCGCCAUCAACAAUGGAACUUGGCAGUCGGUGCAAUCUUUGUCUGACUCCGUCUCCAAUACCAAUUAUCUUGUGUCUGUCGUGGACAACAACUCUGCGGCCAUCACAUUGUACCCUAAUAUCUCAUAUGCUGGAUAUUAUUCAAUUCUUUUGUACACCCCAGGAUGUUCUGCGGAUGGAUCAUGCAGCAACAGAUCGAUUGUAUCUGUCUCGGUGAUUGACACCGACGACCAAGUAGUCGCAAGCUCGCAGUUGUACCAAAAUAACCUCGACGACAAGUUUGACUUUUUGUUUUAUGGUCAUCUCAAUGGAUCUUCGACAAGUGACGGCAAGAAUAGAGUAGUUAUUCUGUACGAGAGUGCUAUUGAUCCCUCAGUCGAACGUCCGUGGGUUGUCGUUGAUAAAGUGGUGGCUAAUAUCGUUUCCUUGGACCACUACUACCUGAAGAACACCACUAAUACCACCAAUUCCAACAACGAGACUGACUCAAAACUUCUCACCGUUUCGUUGAAUGGUUUGUUUGAGUAUUCCUUGGGUAAUUUUACUGACUUCGAAAAAGAUCUUGUUUACACCAAGGUCGGAAACAAGACAAUUAUCAAGGAUACAAAUUCUUUCGUUGGAAAUUCAUCAAUUAACUUAUUGAGCGGUGAAUUUUCCCUGGACUCUGUUAUCAGGCAGGUCCUCUUGCAAAACUCUUCAGAUUCUACCAAUUUUUUGUUGCUAGGUGACUUCACUUCGAGCAACAGCUCAUUGCUGGACAAAUCAAUUUUAACUCUCAGUAUUGGGGGCUAUAAUUCCACCUCUAACUCAACAAUUGCACAACUUGCGAAGAGGAAACUAUUAAAGAGAGCAGAUGUGGAGUAUUUGGGAGUUCUGUUCAAUAACACCAUAUCGGCUCUACAUGAUUUCGAUGGUGGAUUUGUUGUCACUGGUGCAUUCUCAGCUUCUUCCAGCGGAAACUCUAGUGCUUUCAAGAACUUGGAAAACAACAAUCUGACGACAAGUACUGCCAACAACUUCGCUCUAUAUUUGGAUGGAUCAUGGUACUCAUUUGGAAAUAAUUUCACCUCUGCAAAUUACUCUCGGUUUGUUCAAAUCGAAAUUGAGGGUAAUGAAUAUUUUGUUUUCUCUACUGAUAACAACGAAUAUGAGGUGUGGGACAACACAAAUCAUGAAUGGGCAACUUCCAGUGGAAAUCUCGACAUUUCGACGGCAGUUACCCUUGAUGGAAGGGACCAGCAAAUUAUUGGAGGUUCCUCUUUUGGAGUUAUGGACUUCUAUGGAAACAGUGAAGCCUAUUUUAACAACAACACUCAGUUCAAUAGUUUUGGCCUCAAUGUCACUUCAGGCUCCUUGUUGUCAUCAUUUUUUGUGAACCCGACUUUGAGCGUGAUUGGUGGAAAGUUCAACGCUGAGCAAUCUAUCUCCAACAUUGCAUUGCUUCAAAACAACGUCGCUUCCUCACUCAAUGGUUCAGCAUCCUGGGCAGAUAAUGCAGCUGUUACCACAAUCUACAUUGAUAACCUGGUGCAAUAUCUUUUCCUUGGUACCAACGGAAGUGUUCUGACCGGAUCAAACAACGUUACAGGGCUUGUCAUUUACAACUUGAAUAGCAAGUCUUUUUCAUCGGUUCAGCCAGCGACACUCUCUACUAAUGAUAAUUCCGACAUUGAGGUUAAUGCUUUGGUGUACUACGAUCAAGGGAAGCAAUUGCUAGUUGGUGGUCAUUUCGAUAACGCAGGUUCAUUGGAUUGUCCAUCGAUUUGCAUUUACGAUGUGCAGAAUACUCGAUGGACCAAUCCUCUCAGCGGUGGCUCGUCGCUGUCAAUUGGGGGUAACGUUACUGAUGCAAAGUUCUUGAGCUCCAAUCAAGUACUUUUGAGCGGAAACUUGACCAUCAAUGGGACAGAUGUGACGUUUGCAGUCUAUAACUUUGCAACUGGUUUGUUACUGAGCGCUGGAUCUGCAUUGAAUAAUGACAUUAAUGGACCUCAAAAAUACAUCAUCAAUGAAAGAUCUAGUGGUGAAUUGACAAACAGAUUGGCUGCAUACGGUGAGGGAUUUGUGAAAGGAUUCAAUGGCUCUAACUGGAACUCAAUUGAUAGUGGAAUUGCUUUCAAUUCUAAUACCAAGUUCACCGACUUGAAAUUGGUCAAAUUAUCUGAAGCCAAUUCCGCAAAUCCUUCACAACAAUACUUUGACAAUGACAAAGUGCUCAUGCUUUCUGGAGUUUUUAACUUGACAAAUUAUGGUUUAGUGAAUGCUGCUUUGUUUGAUGGUAAUUCUUGGAUCCCUUAUAUCUUUUCAUCGCUGCUGAGCUCUGGUCUCGGUAUGAUUAAUUCUUUAUUAUUGGAAGAUGUCUACCGUUACCAGUCUUCUAGUGAUUUGGAGACCCCAAAGAAGGGACUAUCCACUGGAAAGAUUGUUGGUAUUUCGCUUGCUUGUGCUAUUGGGUCAACGGCGCUAAUCGGGGCAUUGUUCCUCAUUCCUAUGUUCUUCCUUUUCAAGGACACUAAGAAGAGAUCGGAUGUGGGUCAAAGGAUCCACGAGGAUGAUAUGAUGGAUGCGGUUAAUCCAGAAGAGUUGUUGCAUGAGAUUGAUAUUCAAAGAAAAUAA